AUGGCCUCAGACAGCCAUCAAGAGCAACCACUGAGUAAUUCUGCCGAGUCAAUACCUGCUGGUACCAAUGUACCUUGCACCAUCUUCGAUAAAAGACAAAAAUGGCUUGUUGUGUUCAUCAUUUCAUUUGCUGCGACGUUCUCUGGCUUCGCAUCAAACAUCUACUUCCCUGCUUUACCAACCAUAGCAAGUGACCUCAACGUAUCCCUAGAACAAGUCAACUUGACAGUCACAUCAUAUCUUAUCUUUCAAGGGAUAGCGCCGAGCUUCUGGGGCCCGGUAUCCGAUGUGAGAGGUCGUCGUGUAGCAUACACAUGCACGUUCCUGGUGUUUCUCGGCGCAUGCAUUGGCCUCGCCGAGAGUAAGAAUUAUGCCACCCUUGUCGUGCUCCGAUGCCUUCAAAGUACUGGAAGUGCCAGUACUAUCGCGAUCGGAUCUGGCGUGAUUGGCGACAUCACUACUCGAGCUGAUCGUGGUGGGUAUAUGGGGAUUUUCCAGGCUGGUUUACUGGUGCCUGUUGCUGUUGGGCCGGUGAUAGGAGGUGCUCUCGCUGAAUCUUUGGGAUGGAGGUCUAUUUUCUGGUUCUUGGCUAUUUACAGUGGCGUUUUUCUAAUUGUGCUGCUCCUGUUCCUGCCUGAAACACUUCGAUCCCUCGUCGCCAAUGGAUCAUUGGUAUCAUUGAACCCACUGACCAGAUACCCUCUGAAUAUCUACCAAAAGCUCAGCAAGACAGGAUGGGACCAUGAAACACCACCACCUCAGUUGGCAGCCAGGAAAAGCAUCGGCAUCUUGAGCCCUUUUCCCAUUCUUGUCACCAAGUUCACAUCACCUAUUAUCUUAUUUCUUGCGAUUUACUAUGCUGUCUGGCAAAUGAGCAUCACAGCCAUGUCGUCACUUUUCGAAAGCCGCUACGGUCUCAACGAGAUGCAAAUUGGUCUGACGUUUAUUGCCAACGGAGUUGGCUCCAUGGUUGGAACCCUAGCCACCGGCAAAAUUCUCGAUCGGGAUUAUCGCCGCGUGAAAGCCAAGUACGAGCCUCAAUCCGAUGUUGAAGCUGGAGAUUCAUCAAAGAAUGUUGUCUGUCAGGAAGACUUUCCGAUUGAAAAGGCUCGUCUUCGACUUGUCCCAUUAUUUUCGGGCCUACAGUGUCUUUCUAUUCUUCUGUUCGGUUGGACUAUUCAAUACUCCCACCGCAUCCAUAUCGCUGUUCCAAUCGUUUCAACUUUUAUCACAGGAUGGACUGCUGUCUCUACGCAGUCGGUUAGCAUGACCUAUCUGGUGGAUAUUUUCCCGGGUCAAAGUGCUGCAGCUAGUGCGAGUUUGAACCUGGCGCGAUGUCUGUUCGCUGCUGGCGGAACAAGCUUUGUCAUGCCUAUGAUUAAUGGCACUGGGGUCGGGCUAACAUUCACCGUCUGUGUUGUUGUUCAGGUUAUUGCCCUUGUUGGGCCUUUUUUCCAGUGGAAAUUCGCGGGGUCAUGGAGGAGGGAAACAGGAAGACAAGAGGCUCCAUCCUUCGAAGGCGGGAGCUAG